CCCCCUCUUUUUCACCCGGCCGGGUUACUUCGGAACAGAACGAUUUAAACUUUUUGUGUGCAAACUCUCCGCAUGACAUGAGUCUGGCAGCAGGCAGCGGCGAGCCGAGGUCCCGUAAGCAGCGGUUAAUGAUGGCAGCAGCCUUGGAGGAGGAGGACGAUGUGGUUGCCCCCGGAGGCGGUGAUCCACCGCUUAGUUAUUGCUUUAUCUGCGGUGGAGGAGUGCCCCGCGGGCGGGAGGUUCGGUUGCCCGUCCGGUGCCCGGCCAGAGAUGACAGCGCUUUCUUUCCAUUUCUUCAACAGCAGGAACCGGCGCCAGGAGCCGAACCGCUAAGUCCCUCCGGGUGUGUUCGGGUGUGUGGGGUGUGCGGGCGCUUCCUGGGAGCUCAGUGGGACGCGUUCGAGCGUAGCCGGACCCCGCUGGACAAGCGCAUGUAUUGGCUAAAGAGGCCCUACCAGUGUGGGGAGGGUGGCAGGGCACACCCGCCAAGCUGGAACCCUAACUACGACUCUGAGUUGUCUGACCUGUCAGCGGACAGUGAGGAAGAGUGCACGGAGCCGCAGCAAGCCCUAGUGCAGUGUGACACAGAACGGGUGUGCUGCUACAUCUGCGGGUUACAGGGAGCCGGUCACGUUAUCCAUGUACAGAAGCAGGAACAGUCACCCGAAACGCCCUUUUUCCCAUUUCUAUGGCUGCAUAACCCCCCGCCCGGUGCUCACCCAAUUACCCCUGGGGGAAGUGCCCGAGCGUGCACACGCUGCUUUACCUCACUCAUGCAGCAGUGGCACAGCUUUGACUUGUCUAAUGUGCCCGUUCUCCAGCGCCUCUAUGUGGUGCCACUCCAAGACAGCAGCAAUACACCCGAAAAAGAGCUACCCCAUAGGGCAGAAGAGACUCACCUAAAAGGAACUUGUUACCUGUGUGGAGAGGACUGUGCCAACCAUGCCAGGCUGGUGCGCUCCAGCAUUCCCAAUGGUAAUGCCAAGAACACCAUGCACUUUCCAUUUAUUAACCACCUGCCCUGCCCACCCAACUGCAAAGGGGUUAAUCAACAAGGGGAAGUGCAGAGCUGCAGGAAGUGCUUUGGGGUGCUGGAAGAUAUAUGGUCCAUCUACAGAGCCUCCCAUAAUGAUGAUCUUAUCAACUGUGUGCAGAGCUUCCUGGGACGGUACCAUCAGGUGUUCUUCACUUCUACAGACUCCGCUGUGGGCCUCAACAAAAGAUCAAACCAUACCCACUUACCACCAACCUCCUUCUGCUAUGUCUGUGGGGCAGAAUUGGGCCAAGGUUUGGAGUAUCAGCUAAGCAUUAAUCCUCCCAAUAGGUAUGGGGACAAGGAACCAUUCUUCCCAUUCUUGACUGUCUACCCUCCUGCUCCUAGAGCUAGACCAGCUGACUCUACAGGAAUGGUGUCCACCUGUGGGCUCUGUUACCAUGACCUUCUUGGACAGUGGUUUCAACAGGAGAUGAAGACCACACAACACCACUCUAGCCCAUGGUCCAGACAGUACAGAGUGGAAACAUUUGUCUGCUUUUUCUGCAGGCAGGAGAAGAAGAGAUUGCUCGGAUUAAAGUUAGUUCAGGUAGCCAGGUUGCCUGUGUUUUUGUUAGCUCCAAGGGUGGCCAACAGCUUAUUAGUGGAUGAUGGAAAGCAACUUCUUAUUGGUGCAUGCACUGAAUGCAAGCCCCUGGCAUUGGUGGGCAUUAAUACAACACGCAGUGGAUUAUUACCAACGUCACCAGCUGUCAACAACAAGAUCAUCCCUCCUCCCUCUGAUGGUGGUCAUCUAAACCACACUCCUGGCCCUUCAAGCAGUGCUUCCCUAGUGGCAGAACCUGCGAAAACCCCUAAAGCUGGCAAAGAUCCUGCACUGGUCCAUUGUCAGGAAAGCAGUUUAGAUGUGGAACAUGUAGAUCCCGGGACUACAAGCAUGAACCAUGAGCCAAAGUCACCUUCUAUAGGAAUGCUAUCUACUGCUACACGGACCACGGCCACUGUCAGUCCCCUCACACCCUCCCCUCUCAAUGGCUCCCUGGUACCAAAUGGCAGCCCGGCAGCCAGCAGCACUUUAUCUGUUCAGUCCGCGCCGUCCUCCAGCUUUGCCGCUGCGCUGCGUAAACUUGCAAAGCAGGCAGAGGAGCCAAGAGGAUCAUCAAUAAGCAGCGAAUCUUCCCCAGUCUCCUCUCCUGCUACCAACCAGAGCUCACCCGCCAGCACACCCAAAAGAGGACCCAUGGGCCCCAUCAUUGUGCCCCCUGGGGGCCACAGUGUGCCCAACACACCACCUGUAGUGACCAUUGCACCUACAAAGACAGUGAACGGAGUAUGGAGAAGUGAAGCCCGACAGCCAGACACUACCUCUCGGACCAGCAGCAUCCACCGAGAACGACUCCUCACAGAAUCCCAAAUACCUGCUGAGAAGACUGGCAACCCCUCCGUCCCUUCCCACCUAUUGGGAAACGCAUAUACCUUUACCAUCCCUCCAAGCUCUGUUGUCCAGGAUGCUCGCUUCCAACCCAUAAACCUGCAGAGAUCUAUGCACCAUGUGGUCCCUCCCAGCACAAUGACAGAGGAAUACCUGCGAAGCUUCCGUCCUUACCACACAGCCGAGGAUCUCCGCAUGCCCUCACUAUCCCAUAUUGGCCUGGAUCCAGCAACCGCAGCAGCGUAUUAUCACCCUAGUUAUAUGGCCCACCACACCUUCCCUCACCCAGCUUUUAGGAUGGAUGACUCCUAUUGCCUCUCUGCACUGAGGACACCAUUCUACCCUUUACACAGCCCUGGAUCCCUCCCUUCGCUCCAUCCCUCUGCUAUGCACCUUCAUCUGCCAGGGGUCCGGUACCCUACAGAGCUCACACAUUCAUCACUGUCUGCCCUACAGUCAGAGCGAAUGUCUAGCCUUACAGCCGAAAGGCUCCAACUGGAUGAAGAGCUGCGGCAAAGAGAGAAAGAAAGGGAGCGAGAACGAGAAAAAGAGCGAGAAGCGGAUCGAGAAAGAGAGAAGGAGCGAGAAAGAGAGAGGGAGAGAGAAAAAAAAGAAAUGGAAAGGGAGAAGGAGAGGGAGAGAGAGCGUGAGCGAGAGCUGGAGAGACAAAGAGAGAGGACAAGAGAAAAAGAGGCCAGCUUAGCCAAAAGCCUCGAGAACCAAUAUAUAGCAGAGACAGACGUUCAUCCCCUGAGGGGUCACCAGGAAGAACGAGUGAAACCCACAGAACAACCCCUUCCAAACAGGCCAGACAAACUGAAAGAAGCAUCUCUUCAAGCCCCGAAGCCUGUGCAGCAGCAUCCAGUUCACCACUCCCCAGCCAGCCAUCAUUCAGUCCCAAGCCUCAUUUCCAACCAUGCCGCCUUCCCUCCUCCUGGUAGCUCAGCAGCAGCUGCUAUGCUGGCACAGAGAACGCAGGAGGAAGAAAAGUGGUUAGCGAGGCAGCGGCGUCUCAGGCAGGAGAAGGAGGAUCGUCAGUACCAAGUUUCUGAAUUUCGGCAGCAAGUACUGGAACAGCAGUUAGACAUUGGGGGUCGUCCUAUUAACCAACCCGAGCCUGAAAACAGGCCAGAAAACCUCAGGGUUAUAUCUAGCCGGAAUGAGAGCAGCGUCCGAGAGUCAAUACAGCAUUUUGGAGCUCCUCCGCCACUCAUAUCCCCUAAGCCCCAGCAGCACUCUACUCCCACCUCACUCUGGAACCCUGUGUCACUUAUGGAGAGCUCUACAGAGCCGCGGCGCACUCUGGAACCCCACCUAGUUCAUAAUCACACUGCACCUAUUUAUGAGCAUAGCAGGCAGACAUUAACCUCUGUGAAAGUGGAGCAUACUUAUAACUUUGAGAAGCAGCAGCAAGAAGAUGAAGAGGUAUCCAGGAGAAGGGAAUUCAUGGAGAAAUACCAGCCCCUCAGGGAAUCCUCCAGCUUUGAACACUCUAGUUACUCCCAUGCUCCAUUCCUAGCAGAGCUGGAGAAAUCCACCCAGACUUUUCUGAACCAGCAGAGAAGCUCUCUACAGCAGGCAGGCCAGACAGCAGAGAUCAGCUUAUUGCAUAAGCCAAGCACAUCAUAUCGUUCACAGCCAUCAAGGACUCGAGACCCUAUGUUUGUGUAUGAUGAAUUUCUACAGCAGCACCGUAGAUUGGUCAGCAAGCUGGAUCUAGAGGAGCGGAGGAGGAAAGAGGCAAGAGAGAAAGGAUAUUAUUAUGACCUUGAUGAUUCAUAUGAUGAAAGCGAUGAGGAGGAAGUAAGGGCACAUCUCCGCCGUGUCUCAGAACAGCCGCCACUCAAAUUAGAUACAUCCUCUGAGAAGGUAGAGUUUCUACAGAUCUUUGGCCUGACAACUCAGCAGGAAAAAGAGCGUCUGCUUUUGCAGAAACGGAGGAAGAGAAGGAGAAUGCUCCGGGAGAGGAGUCCGUCCCCUCCCACAAUACAGAACAAGAGACAGACUCCAUCCCCUCACUCCCCACUCUCUACACGGUUUAGUCCUGACGAGUUGAACAACAGUCCCAAUUUAGAAGAAAAGAAAAAGUUCUUAACGAUCUUUGACCUCACACAUAUCAGUGCAGAGAGGAGACGAGAUAAGGAGAAGUUGAUUGAAAUGCUUGACGCAAUUAAGCAGAAAAAUGCUGUGCCUGAGGCGAUAAAGAAUACUCCAGUGGUUUCAUGCCGGAACUCCCCUCAACCCCCAAAUGAAGAACAAGCAGUAAUGCAGCCUACAGCGGUGUGCGACGCACAAGCCUCUCUCCCUGCCACUGCAUUAGCUUCCACAGUUUCUUCACCUGAAGUUCAAAAACCUCCAGAUUCCAGUCGGUCAGACCAACCCACAGCUGUGGAUUCCAUGUGGGCACCCCUACCGCCUCUUCCUGUACCACUCCCAGCUGCCAAUCAAACAGCCGUGGAGAAAACUAGACCAAGUGAAACACUGACAGGCAAAAAGACAUUGAGUAUCCUGAACUUUGUGCGUGGGCACCCGCCCAAAGAAAAGCCUGUGCCUUCUCCCCAGAGUGUGAAUGGGAGGAGUAAGUCAUGGGAGCCAUCCCUAGCAGAGGAGUUUGCCCAUCAGUUUCAUGAGUCUGUGUUACAAUCUACUCAAAAAGCCUUGCAGAAGCACAAAGGAGUAUCAGCCAUGCACUGUGCAGAGCAGAACCACAAAGCAGAUGCCUCUGUUCACUAUAACAUUCCCGAGCUUCAGCAGUCAAGUAGGACCCAACCACUGCACCAAAACGGUCAGCAAGGACCCACGCAAACGGGUGUAAGCCGUGGACUGCGGGAGCAAGAAAGCUCAUCUGAAGAUGAGUCAUCAGAUGAAGAGGAGGAGGAGGAGGAAGAGCCACCACGACCAAAGUGGCAAGGGAUAGAAGCAAUAUUUGAAGCUUACCAGGAACACAUAGAAGAACAAAACCUAGAGAAACAAGUUCUUGAGACACAGUGCAAGCGAUUAGAAGCUCAGCACUAUAAUCUAAGUCUGACAGCGGAACAGCUAUCCCAUCGCAUGGCGGAUUUGAUGAACCAGAAGCAAAAGGUGGCCUCUGAGAGGGAGAGACUUCAAGCUGAACUAGAACACUUUAGGAAGUGCCUUGUUUUGCCUGCCAUGUCAUGGUCUAGGGGAUAUUUUAAGGGCCAUCCCAGGUGACACCUUCCUCUUGCACUAGAUGUGAACGUAUAGAAAUAUUAUCUAUUUUAUUAUCUUGAUAUUUAAUAUUUUCCACUGGGAGGAUCUGAAAGGAUGUAAAGUCACCACCCUAUUUGUCACAUCUGCACCACCCCUGGAAGAAAAAUAAAUCUAUAUAUUUGAAUGUGCCAUGCAUGACUAAGGAUUACAGGAGUUUGGCAAAUAAAAAUAAACCUCUGCUAAUGCAGGGAUGAAUACCACGGUUGGCACCUGCCUACAGCGUCUUAUACCAGGAUACCCUAUGGUUGCAUCUGACACUACAAGCAAACUAGUAUACUGUCACGCUCCUGACUGUACUAACAUAGGUGCCUGUUUCAUCACUUUACUUUAAUCCCUACGGCUGGACAUCACAAAGUUGCCACAUGGUGGUUUAUUCAUCUUUGCAAAAUAAUUUAAUGCCACCAAAAAAAACCUCUCUCCUGAUUUUUGCCAGAAUGCUGACUUUUUACUGCAUAUUUGCUUUUAAUCCAAAAGUGAAAUAGAUGGAAUUUUAAGUUAAGAAUUUUUUUUCCAUAACUGACAUAACCAAUUCGAGCAAUGCUUUGCAGGUUUCAUUGGAAAUGCACUUAGACCUGAGAUUUAUUGGUUGAAGGUACCUUUAUAUUAACACUUGGUUAUAUCACUGCGAAGCUGCUACAAACUUGGAAAAGAAGACAAAAUGGAAGAAAACUAGUGACCAGGUGCUUUAGCCUCCUAUUGUACAUAUUAAAAUAAGUUUUGUAUGUUUUUAUUACUUUAAUUAUUGUUAUAAAGAAAAAAAACGCCUGCCAUUUUCAA